UCAUCAGUAUGCAGGUCAUCAGUAUGCAGGUCAUCAGUAUGCAGGUCAUCAGUAUGCAGGUCAUCAGUAUGCAGGUCAUCAGUAUACAGGUCAUCAGUAUGCAGGUCAUCAGUAUACAGGUCAUCAGUAUGCAGGUCAUCAGUAUACAGGUCAUCAGUAUACAGGUCAUCAGUAUGCAGGUCAUCAGUAUGCAGGUCAUCAGUAUGCAGGUCAUCAGUAUACAGGUCAUCAGUAUGCAGGUCAUCAGUAUACAGGUCAUCAGUAUGCAGGUCAUCAGUAUGCAGGUCAUCAGUAUACAGGUCAUCAGUAUGCAGGUCAUCAGUAUACAGGUCAUCAGUAUGCAGGUCAUCAGUAUGCAGGUCAUCAGUAUACAGGUCAUCAGUAUACAGGUCAUCAGUAUGCAGGUCAUCAGUAUGCAGGUCAUCAGUAUGCAGGUCAUCAGUAUGCAGGUCAUCAGUACAGUAUGCAGGUCAUCAGUAUGCAGGUCAUCAGUAUGCAGGUCAUCAGUACAGUAUGCAGGUCAUCAGUAUGCAGGUCAUCAGUAUGCAGGUCAUCAGUACAGUAUGCAGGUCAUCAGUAUGCAGGUCAUCAGUAUGCAGGUCAUCAGUAUGCAGGUCAUCAGUAUACAGGUCAUCAGUAUGCAGGUCAUCAGUAUGCAGGUCAUCAGUAUGCAGGUCAUCAGUACAGUAUGCAGGUCAUCAGUAUGCAGGUCAUCAGUAUGCAGGUCAUCAGUAUGCAGGUCAUCAGUAUGCAGGUCAUCAGUACAGUAUGCAGGUCAUCAGUAUGCAGGUCAUCAGUAUACAGGUCAUCAGUAUGCAGGUCAUCAGUAUACAGGUCAUCAGUAUGCAGGUCAUCAGUAUGCAGGUCAUCAGUAUGCAGGUCAUCAGUAUGCAGGUCAUCAGUAUGCAGGUCAUCAGUAUACAGGUCAUCAGUAUGCAGGUCAUCAGUACAGUAUGCAGGUCAUCAGUAUGCAGGUCAUCAGUAUACAGGUCAUCAGUAUGCAGGUCAUCAGUAUACAGGUCAUCAGUAUGCAGGUCAUCAGUAUGCAGGUCAUCAGUAUGCAGGUCAUCAGUAUACAGGUCAUCAGUAUGCAGGUCAUCAGUAUACAGGUCAUCAGUAUGCAGGUCAUCAGUAUGCAGGUCAUCAGUAUGCAGGUCAUCAGUAUACAGGUCAUCAGUAUACAGGUCAUCAGUAUGCAGGUCAUCAGUAUGCAGGUCAUCAGUAUGCAGGUCAUCAGUAUGCAGGUCAUCAGUAUGCAGGUCAUCAGUAUGCAGGUCAUCAGUAUGCAGGUCAUCAGUAUACAGGUCAUCAGUAUGCAGGUCAUCAGUAUGCAGGUCAUCAGUAUGCAGGUCAUCAGUAUGCAGGUCAUCAGUAUGCAGGUCAUCAGUAUGCAGGUCAUCAGUAUGCAGGUCAUCAGUAUGCAGGUCAUCAGUAUACAGGUCAUCAGUAUGCAGGUCAUCAGUAUACAGGUCAUCAGUAUGCAGGUCAUCAGUAUGCAGGUCAUCAGUAUGCAGGUCAUCAGUAUGCAGGUCAUCAGUAUGCAGGUCAUCAGUAUGCAGGUCAUCAGUAUGCAGGUCAUCAGUAUGCAGGUCAUCAGUAUGCAGGUCAUCAGUAUACAGGUCAUCAGUAUGCAGGUCAUCAGUAUGCAGGUCAUCAGUAUGCAGGUCAUCAGUAUGCAGGUCAUCAGUACAGUAUGCAGGUCAUCAGUAUGCAGGUCAUCAGUAUGCAGGUCAUCAGUAUGCAGGUCAUCAGUACAGUAUGCAGGUCAUCAGUAUGCAGGUCAUCAGUAUACAGGUCAUCAGUAUGCAGGUCAUCAGUAUGCAGGUCAUCAGUACAGUAUGCCCUGUAUUUAGGUAUGUAGAAAAAUAACUGUAGUAUAAAAUGGG